GCAAGUGCGCUUUUGCCUUCAGAUACUCAUUUAUAUUCGUCUAAAUGCUGAACAAGGAAUAUUUGACUGACCAGAAUGGCAGGAAAGGGCAGAGGAAUAGCAGCAUUCACCUUCAACGUUGAGGCUCUGGGCCUCACCAGAGGGUCCAUGCCUGAAACCCAGAGAGGGCCGACUCCAAUCUUCCCACAAAUUGAAUAUAAACCAGGGCCUUUGAAAGCUGGAGAAGAUGAAGACUAUAUGAGAGCAUUGAAACAAGAGAUGAGAGGACGAAUGAAAGACCUCCCUUUUAACAUAAAACCCCACACAGGAAAGGGAGAUGUGGAGAGGUACAAGGAAAAAUACACAAAAGAAAUCAAAAAAAUUGAAGCAGGCGAUUGGACACCAGACUGGAGCAGACUUCCGAAAGAGCUGAAGCCACAGAAGAAGAUAAUUAAGAAGAAAAUAGAUAAGAAAUCCACAAAGAUCUCAAGCAAGGACAAGAAGGAAAUGCUGAGCAAACUGGAUGAACUUGAGAAGAAGGGGGAUGUCAAAUCAGAUGAGGAGGGUGAGGAGAAGGGAAAGAAGAAAGAUGGUGAGGAAGAGGAGGAUGAAGAAGAAAUUGAAGGAGAAUAUGACGAAGAAGAGCUUGAAGAGGAAAACGACUACAUAUCGAACUACUUUGAAGACGGUGAUGAAUACGGCGGAGGAAGUGAUGAAAACAUGGAUGAAGCCACUUACUAGCAAUAAAAAAGCUAU